CGCCUUUGCCGCCGCUCGACCCCCGCAGUAGAGAUUGAGCGGAGCUGCUGGCCGCCGUACCGGAGCCGCCAUGGGAGUGGAAGGCUGCACCAAGUGCAUCAAAUACCUUCUCUUCGUUUUCAACUUCAUCUUCUGGCUUGCUGGAGGCAUCAUCCUGGGAGUGGCCCUGUGGCUCCGGCAUGACUCGCAGACGACGAAUAUCCUCUACCUGCAGCUGGGCGAAAAGCAGGCUCCCAACACCUUCUAUGUGGGAAUCUACAUCCUGAUCGCAGUCGGAGCUGUCAUGAUGUUCGUGGGGUUCCUGGGAUGCUAUGGUGCCAUUCAGGAGUCUCAGUGCCUUCUGGGAACGUUCUUCACUUGCCUGGUGAUCCUGUUUGCCUGUGAAGUCGCAGCUGGAAUUUGGGGAUUUGUCAACAAAGACCAAAUAGCCAAAGACGUGAAGCAGUUCUACGACCAAGCGUUUCAACAGGCGCUGAUGGCAGAUUCGGAUACCAACAACGGCAAAGCUGUAGUGAAGACCUUUCAUGAAACGCUGGACUGCUGUGGUCCCGAUAAUAUGAUUGGAGCUCUCACUCCCCUGUGGAAAGAGGAACUCUGCCCAAAGAAGGACUCCUUGCUGAAGAGCCUUAUUGAGACCUCCAGCUGCCACAGAAAAAUCGACGAGCUGUUCUCUGGGAAGCUGUACCUGAUUGGUAUCGCUGCCAUCGUGGUUGCUGUGAUCAUGAUCUUUGAAAUGAUCCUGAGCAUGGUGCUGUGCUGUGGCAUAAGGAACAGCUCCGUCUACUGAGCCGUGAGAGCCGGGGAGGGGAAGGGGGGAGCAGGGCGGACGGCGCUAGAGGGGACCCCAAGUGCCACCAAGUGACCAGGAGACAUUUCAACAAAAGACAAAGAAAACUCUGUAUAUAAAUACUUCCACUAUUACCAUACAGUACUUAUCAUUUUUACUGCAAAGUAAUUUUCUUUUUGUAAUAAAUAAAACUUUCCCUCUACCCUUGUGGCUGAGUUAGUUACACAUCAGUUGUGUGUGAUGCGGAAAGCUGCUGUAGCAGGAGCUCAAGUCCUUCCUCCCCCUUCCCCACCCUCUCUAACUCAGAAGUAAAGCUGGUGGAAGAUGUAGAGAGGAGGAGGGCUGCAGCCUGUUAGCAGAAAUCUUUGCCUUGGUUUUUACUCUCUUUUCUUCAACACCCACUUUUUUUUUGUUUCUAUAUAUAUGUAAUCAGAUGCUGAAGCAGGAUUUAGCACUUGUGUUUGUGCUCAUCUUUUUCCUACCAUCACCCCAGCUCCCUGCCGUUGCCCAGCUGUCUGUAGGGAAGCCUGGGAGAGGAGAAGGAACAGCCCCCCCCGUCACCCGGGUGUGAUGCACCUGGAGGUCACAGGCACCUUGUUCCUAUCUGACCUGUUUGCAUUGCUAGGUCAAUCCUGAACAGAAAUGCUUCCAGUUUUUUGGCUCUCUGAAGAGUGAUGAUGUUCUUGGCUUUUUCUUUUUGUAGUGGUGCUGUUUUUUUUCUCCUUAGGUUUGUAACUUUAUAAAUUGUCUCAGUUCUAUUGAUUAAAGGGUCAGUGGCUGAGGCUAAAUCUUAGUCCCCAUUUUUCAAGUAGAACAAACUGAAAAUGAUAAAUGACUUUUUGAAAGCUCAUUCACUGUUCUCUACAGAGCUAUGCUUUUGAGUUUUGCACUGAGUUUCCACUGUUAAGCUAAUGCUGGCAUAUAAAUAUUGGGGAGGGAGGGAAAGAAACCUUACAAAAUAAAAUAAGUCCUUAACCUUAGAAAUCCUGCAGUUGUGUAUUGCAGGGUGAGGCUUGGGGGUUCCCAGCCAACAUAUAUUUGUGUUUGAAAUGUUGUCUUUGCAUCACUCUCUUGUUCAAGGCAAUCUUCCUUACUUGCAGCAUGUUGUCCCACACUAGCAUUGCUGGGAAAUUGGCAUCACCUGAUUCUGCAGAAAAAGAAGUCCAACUUGAUCAACUACAGUAGAUCAGCUUAUUAAAGCCAGGAUUUUAGAUCCACACCAGGUGAAACCCGUUUUUGUGACCUGGUUAAGCUUUGACUAACAGUUUGAUGUACAUAGCUUCUGUUAUUGGAUAGACAGAGUUGGGAGGGUGGCCCAGGAGCUAUGUAAUAAAAUCAGAGUCUCUAAAAAGAUGAUCUAUAUGUAUAGUUCUAUAGAAAUAUAUUUUUAAGCAAAGCCUUUUCCUUAGCCCUCGAGCUGGAAUUGAUGGCAUCUCUCAGCUCUCUGCCACCUUGCAGCAGGUGAGGGGAGGAGUUGAAACUUGUGAUCACCAUCCCCACUUCAGGAAUAUUUCUGUUUCUUAAAGUGUCUCAAUCUCCCUCUUCGUGACAACGAAGUGCUUCGGAUCACGCAGGGAGGCAGAGCCACCAUUGUUCUUAACUAGUACCUUGUCCACCCCACAUGGUGCCGUGGCCUUUGCCACCACAGGACAGGAAAUUCCUGCACUGGGGCAAACUGAUCCAUUUGGAGGCUUUUCUCCCCAUCCUACUCCCCCACCUUUCCUCUUCCUGCCUUUUAGUAUAUAGGGCCUUUAGAAAGUAUAUAGGUAAAUAUAUAUAUAGAAAAAUAUAAAUAUAUAUAUCAAGUUGUGCUGGGUAGGAGGAGGAAGUGCCUCAGCAGAACUUCGAAUUGAGGGGUUGGACAAGAGGAGAUUCAGCCUUAGAAACAGCCUUAAAGCAACACUGCCCUGAAUGUCCACCUUGUGCACAGGAAGACCGAGAUGAGGUUUUGCAGUAGGUCACCCCCUCCCCUGCUCCCAGCAUAGCUCCUUCAAGUCACAUCUGCUCUGUCAUGUGGCUCUAUGUAUAUGCAUCUACCAAGCAUGUGUGUCUACACGUACGUGCACCGGGAUUGUGAACCUACAGGAUGGAUGUGUAACUUGCCGCCUUUGCUGCCGGCUGUUGGUCAAUGUGUAUAAAUAUGCCAUUAAGCAUCUUCAGUUCUGUUUUCUUUUUCCUUAUACUGCAUUUUUUAUAUUGUUCAGCAUUCAGUUGAUGCUGUCUGUGUGGCUGGAGCUCUGUUUGAAGAUGGGCUGGAUCUCGAUGCAGGCCAGGUGUGUACUUGGACAUUGGAGCUUUAGAGGUCUAGGGUGUUCCAGGCAGGAGCGGUUUGGAGAAAGUGGUACUUGAAGUGGGAGUCUGAGAGCUGUGGAAGAAGAAAGGGCAGGCCAUGUGUUCAUUUGUACCCUACAAGGGCUGCAGUUUGCUCUCUGGCUCGCUCCAGAGGUGACUUGUGACUGUGGGGUGUUCCAGAAGCAGUUCCCUAAGUGACUUCCAGAAGCUCCCUGGAAAGGUGCUGUAGGAGGGGAACAGCCAGCAGCUGGGAAGCUCAUGGGAGAGGGCAGAAGGAGUUUUGGAGGGAGAGAUUAAUGCUUUCUUUAGUUGCUAGCUGAGUGUCCCCAUGUUCCAUGGAAUGGUCAUCAGCAGGAGCAGGAGGGGACAGCUCUGGGAGAAGAGAGAAAGAAUCAGUCUGGUUUGGGUUGGAAGGAACUUUCAAAGACUGUCUAGUCCAACCCCUCUGCAGUGAGCAAGGAUGUGGACUGAAGCAGGAACUGACAAGCUUAAAAACAAUGAAGAAGCUGCCCACUAGGGUCUCCUUGAGUCCAGCCUCCUGUGAAGCUGGACCUGAGUUAGAACAAAUUAGAGAGGGAUCUGCGAAGGGCUGAGGGGACUUGACAGGAUCCAGAAAUGACAGAGAUCUUCUGCUAAUUGUUCGGUCUCAAAGUUUGGACCCACUCAAGGAGGAUCAUGCCCUAGCUCAGACUCUCUCCUGCAUACCUGUGUGGUUGUGUGUGCAACAUGGGGCCCUGUCCUGCUCCCCUCCAUGCCCCGCCCCAGAACCAAACUACAGACAAAAUUGUGAGCUGUAAAAACAAACCUCUCCCUCUCCAGGGAAGAAGCACUGUCCUGGAGCUAAUGAGAAAAUGGCCCUGAGCUGAGGCAGGGAGGAGGAGAGAGGCUGGUGGGGAGGAGGACAGUCAGCUUUCCAGGUCUGAGUUCAAAGACCACAUGGAGAGGUCAAACAGAGCCGCUGACAGCUUAACUGAAUGCUUGGGAUUUUUUCCUACUGUGGAGCAUGCCACAAAGCAGUGUGUUUAACUUCUUGCUGCCUUUUAUUUUUAUUUUUUUUUUAAAAAGGAAAGAAAUGAAACAAGAAUUGAUUUAAUAAACAUUUCUCAUAGUGUG